AGGUUUGCUUAAACACUUAAAGUUUAAAUACGAUUGUUUUAAAUGCAAUGCCAUUGGGCCAGCCGCUUUUGAUAUAGCUUCCUGUUCCUUUGACUCUAUAUGGCCUAAAUAUUUUCGAGCAGAUCAUGUUUUCAGACUGUUAUUUCCGAACGUCCCCGUAGAUGUAAUGCGACUUCAACUAGCUGAUUUACGCCGUAUAAUUAAAUAGUGAUGGCCGACUAAGGAACAAAAUAGAAUUACCUAUGCUCAGCAUACAUAUAACAAUACCCUUUGCGAGGUGUCAGGGCAGUGAGCGUAUUGCAAAAAUAACACAGCCAGCGAACCAGCGAAACUGCAAUUAUUUCCGAAGGUCGGCAGGAUGGAGCAGAUGUCUUUCUGAAUGUCAGGCCAUUAUAUUCUGUUAAUGGCAGGUAUGUUGUUUCGCAAAAGCGAAGGCCUCCGUAUAUUUUGCUGUUGAAUGAAUCGUCGUCGAUAACGAGAUAAUUGGCGGCCAGUGUCGUCCGAUGCAGUCGAGAAGGGUAAGGGUUUGGCGCGAAGGUGAAAUUUUUUGAAUAGCUGUUAUUUGUUAUUGACACCAGUCGCCUUUCUACUGAAUGUAUUUUUCUAUCAGUAAACAGUUUCUUCGAAAGGUAUUCGUAAUCGUAAUGGACACGUAUGGAGCAAGGACUGUUGCUGUAACAAUGGCAUUACUUUGGGGAACAACACGUGCAGACAAAUUUAUGCUAGAAAAUUUUGACAAUUUUUUGGAAAAUUGUUCAUCAUGAUUAUCAAGAUAUCUUCACCUGCAUCUAUCCCGCAUCGACUGCAAGGUAUUCACUCUAAACUUUCAAGAAAUAGGUGCCUACUACAUUUCUGUUCAGAAGUGUGGACCGUGCAUAACGCGCCAUAAAUGUACGAAAAGCCAGCACCUUUUCUACAAGCUCGAAAACGCUGUAUGCGUUAUUGUUCUUUGUUUAAAAGACGCCGAAGGAAUCAUCUCCUUAAGUUGCUUUUAUCGUACGCAAGCUCGGUUAGUAGCGGCAUCUAUGAGGCGGCUCUUCUUGUUUACGGAGCUUCGCCUAGACUGCAAUGGGCCAGAAGAUGGCGUAUCACAUUAAACGUACUUUCUUGGUUACUGAGACUCGUGUUUCUGUUAUGUUUCAUUGUGGAUGCUGCCUACCAAAAUGUGGAUUACCUUAUCAGCGUAUGGAGUGAUCGAGGUUCACUUUUGGAUGUUGUCGAAUUGUUGUAUUACCUAACCGUAGGUAUCUUAGAACUUGAGGCUGCAAUAAUUAUCUUUCUGCGAUUGCGACAGGUUCAGCAGAUGACCAAUGGUCGAAGAUGGAGUAGUGGCCGUGGCUGUCGAAGCAAAAAAGUACACUUUAAUUUAUUUGCAUUUGUUCUUGGUUGCUUGCUUAACGGACCUCAGGUAAUGACUUCGUUCAUAUACGAAACCACUGACGAAGAAAUCACUUACGACAAAGGCAUCCUAUUGCGAAUAUGUAACGAAAUCAGCUCGUAUAUUCUUGUACCAGCACUGCUACUCUACCUUCAAUGCUUGGCGUACGUUGAAGGUGAGUUACGUGCGAUUGGUAGAAUCACCUAUCCAGGUCAGGCCGAUCUGAGCGCUCACAUCGUCGAAAUGGUUGUCGAACGUAAAAGCCAUAUAAGAUCAAUGAUUGCUACUAUGAAUCGCGUUUUUAAACGGUUCAUUUUCGUCAAAUUUGUCAGCGUCUUUUGCAGCGUUACGUUACAGGUUGGACUAACGAUUGCCUACCCAAGGGCAGGCCUCGGACAGGAACUAUCAGGCAUCGUCACGGACGCUCUCCUCAAGCUCGUUGAGAUUUUUUUCAUAUGCCGGUUCGGUACAAUGCUCGAACGCAACUGCCAUGAAACUGAGCGGCGCUUAUACGAAGGAGGUCUUAUCCUUGGCCACAAGGAGUAUCGGAACUUGCGGCGGCUCCGGCGCGAACUUGCCUUUAAUGCAUCACGGGAUAGCCUUGAAAUGUGGUUAGGCUUCCAGAUAAACCUGGCCACCCUGAUCGCAUUUUUUUCAACGAUUAUCACCUGCUGUGCCGUUUCGCUACAAUUUGACCUGCGAGUCGUUCGCGCCAUCAAUAACGCCAUGCGAAAUUCGUCGACAAGAAGCUGAAUAUUUUGUCUGGUGCUCGAACCAUUAGAUAUGACACGGCCGGCUCUAACCACAUGGAAUGAAUUGCGUCUACGCGACUCGAACCUAAACCACCAUGCGUUUUGAAGCUAACAGGCAAACACAUUAUUCAUUGCGCUAUAAGGGAGAAGCACAUGCAAACUCAGGAUAAUCGCUUAUUUUCGUAUUUAAAUUACGCGCUACUAGCGUUAAAAAGUGUUUCGUGCUAAAGACCACCCGGUGCCCAUCCAGAUCAACCGGCACCCGAUAUAGCUAAAACGAAACUUCGCGAAAAAUAACCUGUCGUUCGAUUGGGCUCUUA